GCUUUCCAGUUUCCACUUCUCCAGGAGAAACCCUAACCCCAGCCCCCGCCUCCCUCUUCCUCCCUCCUUCCCGGCCUCCACCGUCUUACCCAUACCCCUUGCCGCUGCAGGCCCUGCUGGGCUGCCGCCACCAUGCAGAUCUUCGUGAAAACCCUCACGGGGAAGACAAUCACCCUCGAGGUGGAGUCUUCCGACACAAUCGAGAACGUCAAGGCCAAGAUCCAGGACAAGGAGGGCAUCCCCCCAGAUCAGCAGCGCCUCAUCUUCGCCGGAAAGCAGCUCGAGGAUGGCCGGACCCUCGCCGACUACAACAUUCAGAAGGAGUCCACCCUCCACCUCGUCCUUCGUCUCCGCGGCGGCGCCAAGAAGCGCAAGAAGAAGACAUAUACCAAGCCAAAGAAAAUCAAGCACAAGAAGAAGAAGGUUAAGCUCGCCGUUCUCCAGUUCUACAAAGUGGAUGACUCUGGCAAGGUCACCCGCCUCAGGAAGGAGUGCCCCAACGCCGAGUGCGGUGCCGGGACCUUCAUGGCCAAUCACUUCGAUCGCCACUACUGCGGCAAGUGCGGCCUGACCUAUGUCUAUCAGAAAGCCGGAGGCGAGUAAGUGAGCUAGACUUCUCUCGAUCUCAUCUCAAUCUGUUUUCUAGCAAUAGGGAGAGGAAAGAUGGGAUCUUGUAGAGAGAGGCACUAAAAGGUCGUUUCUUUUUUUGGGUUUAUAUGGUAUUAGAGAUUUUGGUUUUAUGUUGGUUUGUUAAAAGGUUAUGACUUGGAACACCAGUUGGUCUGGUUUCUGACCUGGUUCUUAAUGUUUGAUGAAUUUUGUCAUUUACGAAAUAUGGAUGAUUAUGAAAAGAUUUGGUUUUUAAUUUAUAUGGUUGCUUGGUUCA